AUGGAGGGAGGAGGGGUCGAGAGAGAGGGGAGGAGAGGUGAAACGGAGGCUGGUGGAGCGAAGAGGAAGGAGCUCUUUGUGUGAAAACAGCUCAUUUGUUUGUAGGGUCAUGGUGGUAAAAGCGAGGUGCCACUGUUAAUGUGACAGGCAAAUCGGCGUGACUACAUUUUGGACACCUCAAUAGCGUAUGCAAAGAGGCAACCGGGAAACUGAGGCAAAAACAAGCCAUUUAGAAGCCUUGAUGCCACUGGCUGACAAUUAACUUCAGAGUUAGUCUACUCUGGUGUUCUGAUGUAGGCUGCUAUAGUGUUUUGUACAAGUUCAUUCUAGAUAAUGAAAGGGACAAAUAAGUCAUGUCACGUGAACUAUGUCAUCUCAGACACAUUUUAGCAGACGCUCUUCUCCAGAGCAAUUAGGGUUAAAGUGCGUUGCUCAAGGGCACAUCGACAGAUUUUAUUACCUAGACAGCGAGGAGAUUCGAUCCAGCGAACUUUCAGUUACUCGCCCAACGCUCUUUAUCGCUAUGCUACCUGCCGCCCUACAUAUAGGUAACACAGAGUAUAUCUACAUCAGGGCGCUCUCCCCCUACUAUUUUUGAACCAGCAGAGUUUAGAAUCUGAUCAUGAAACGCACGUUAACGUAAUAUGUCAGCGUAGGCGAUUUUAAAACCACAAAGGUUCGACGUCACCAUUUUGACAUAUUCUAAUGAGACCAUCUUGCAGUGAUAUCUGAAGAAUCAGCUCUACAGGAGAUUUUACAUUUACAUUUUUACGUCACUUAGCAGACGCUCUUAUCCAGAGCGACUUACAUUAUUUUAAUUUUAUUUUUUUAUACCCCUGUGGGAAUCGAACCCACAACCCUGGCGUUGCAAACGCCAUGCUCUACCAACUGAGCUACAUCCCUGCCGGCCAUUCCCUCCCCUACCCUAGACGACGCUGAGCCAAUUGUGCGCCGCCCCAUUGGUCUCCCGGUCACGGCCGGCUACGACAGAGCCUGGAUUCGAACCAGGAUCUCUAGUGGCACAGCUAGCACUGCGAUGCAGUGCCUUAGACCACUGCGCCACUCGGGAGAUGGCCUGAUAGCCUUAGUGAGUGUGUGUAGGGAUCCUGUGUUAUGUUGCGCUGCUGUUGUUUGCUGUAUGGUGAUCUGUUCUGGGCUAUAGGACAUGACAGCUCACAUCAAGACGUUGGCAUGUUUGCACCAGUAAGCAAACGCCCACGCACACACACAUUGAUACAGGUGCAGCCACACACACGCACGCACGCACGCACGCACGCACGCACGCACGCACGCCGCACGCACCACCCGCCGCACGCACACGCACGCCGCACCCACGCACCACACACACACACACCACCCACACCCCACACACACACACACACACACACCACACACACCACACACACCACACACACAACAUACACACAGUGCAUUAUUCACAUGCAUGUUCACCAUUAGUCACAGUGACAGAAACCCAGGCAGCAUAGUUUCUGCAUGACUGGAGGCUUGGGAUCACGCACACACACACACACACACACACACACACACACACACACUCUCAUACACACUCAAUCUCGCAUGCAGGGACACACGCACAAACACAAUUAUGUUUAGAAUUAGUCCCAUCAACAUGGAUCUGUGCAAACUCGCUCUCCGUCUGACUGCGCCCUGAAAUCACACAGUGUAACUACCCCCAAGAAUGAGAUCAUGUGGGCAAUUCUCCACCCACAGUCUACCCUAACAAACCACCCACAGUCUACACUAACAAACCACCCACAGCCUACACUAACAAACCACCCACAGUCUACACUAACAAACCACCCACAGUCUACACUAACAAACCACCCACAGCUACACUAACAUACCACCCACCAUCUACACUAACAAACCACCCACAGCCUACACUAACAAACCACCCACAGCCUACACUAACAAACCCCCACAGCCUACACUAACAAACCACCCACAGUCUACACUAACAAACCACCCACAGUCUACACUAACAAACCACCCACAGCCUACACUAACACACCACCCACCAUCUACACUAACAAACCACCCACAGCCUACCCUAACAAACCACCCACAAUCUACACUAACAAACCCCACACAGCCUAGACUAACAAACCCCCCACAGUCUACACUAACAAACCACCCACAGUCUACACUAACAAACCACCCAUAGUCUACACUAACAAACCCACACAGUAACCUUACACAAAAACCACCCACGCCUAAAACUAACAAACCACCCACAGUCUCACUAACAAACCCCCCAGCUACAAACAAACCAACCACAGUCUUACACAUAAAUCAAACCCCCCACGGGUCUAACAACAAAACCACCCCACAAGUAUACACUAACAAAUCCCCCACAGCCUACACUAACAAACCACCCACAGCCUACACUAAAAACCCCCCCCCAGCCUACACUACACAACCACCCCCACAGUCUCCCACUAAACAAAACCCCACAAGCCCACAAAACAAACCACCCACAGCCUACACUAACAAACCACCCACAGCCUACACUAACAAACCACCCACAGUCUACACUAACAAACCACCAACAGUCUACACUAACAAACCCCCCACACAGCCUACACUAACAAACCACCCACAGUCUACACUAACAAACCCGCCACACAGUCUACACAAAAAAAAAACACAGCCUACACUAACAAACCACCCACAUUCUACACUAACAAACCACCCACAAAGCUUACAAUAGACAAACCCUCCACAGUCUACACUAACAAACCCCCCACACAGCCUACACUAACAAACCCCCCACAGUCUACACUAACAAACCACCCACAGUCUACACUAACAAACCACCCACAGUCUACACUAACAAACCCCCCACACAUCCUACACUAACAAACCACCCACAGUCUACACUAUCAAAUCCCCCACAGUCUACACUAACAAACCACCCACAGUCUACACUAACAAACCCCCCACAGUCUACACUAACAAACACAGCCUACACUAACAAACCACCCACAGUCUACACUAACAAACCACCCACAGUCUACACUAACAAACCACCCACAGUCUACACUAACAAACCACCCACACAUCCUACACUAACAAACCACCCACAGUCUACACUAACAACCCCCCCACACAUCCUACACUAACAAACCACCCACAGUCUACACUAACAAACCACCCACUGUCUACACUAAGAAACCCCCCACAGUCUACACUAACAAACCACCCACAGUCUACACUAACAACCCCCCCACACAUCCUACACUAACAAACCACCCACAGUCUACACUAACAAACCCCCCACAGCCUACACUAACAAACCCCACACAGUCUAUUCCUGGCACCGUCUACCUUCCAUUGAGUCUCACACAAAGCAAUGUGUUCCAAGCCUAGUAUCUGGCCCCGCUCCCCCUGGUCCCCUGACCUGUCUCACACAUCAUUACCCCUGUGAAGAGAGGAGACAGUGCCAGGCAGGGGAUGGAGCGAGGGAUGGAGGGAGGGGUGGAGGGAGGGGGUAGAGCGAGGGAGGGGUGGAAGGCCCGUCAGGGGUAA